AUGGGCAACUGCAUCCCGGUGAGCCCCAGGGUCCUGGAGAGCAGCAUCUCCCUGGACCUGUCAGAGAUCAUGGGCAACUUCUCCUACGACAGCAGCACGACCUUCCCGGACUACGACGCCGCUCCCUGCCACAACCAGUACUGUCCGCUUUUCCAGCGCGUGGCCCCCACCUUCCUGGCCAUCACCUGCGCCAUGGCUGCCCUGAGCACUGGGUCACUGCUGGUGGCACUGGCCAAGCGGCCCCACGCCUGGGGCUGGCCCCAGAGCCAGGCGCUGGUAGCCCAGCUUGCCGUGGGGACGGUUCUCUUUGCAGCCCUGCUGCCGUCGGUGGCAGUGGGCAUCGGGCAGGGCUGGCGGCUGGGCACAGCAUUGUGCCGACUCACCCAUCUGCUGUGGCACUGGAGCCUCUUCGCGCAGGGGCUGCUCGUGUGCAGUGGCUCCUGCAGCACCGUCUGGUGCCGCUGGGACCCCCGGAGCCGGCGGCUGGCCGUGGCUAUGUGGGCUGGGGCCUUGUUGCUGGCCAUACCAGCAGCUCUCGCCAGCAGCACGGUGGCAGGCCCCGAGACAAGCUGCAUCCGCCGGAGCGUGGACAUCCUCUCCCCAGUGUACCUCCUGCACCUUGUCCUCUGCCUCUGCCUCUUCUUGCUGCUGCCGGCGGUGCUGCUGGUGGCCAUGGUGGCGGUGCCACAGCUGAGGGCACGCUGGGAGCCAAGCAUCAGCGUGAGCUGGCUCUUCUUUGGGCUCUGGGUGCCCUAUGGCGUGGGGCUGGCCGUGGAUUUCCUCCUGCACACCCAGCUGCUGCAGCCCACCUGUGGCACCUUCGAGCACUUUGACCACGUGCUGGGGCUGAGUGAGGGGCUGGGGGUGCUGCACUGCUGCCUGGGGCCUGCAGCGCUGCUUGCCGCCCGGCUCUGCCGGCACAGGGCAGGCACCAGUGGCAGCUGCUGAGCUCCUGGCGCUGCAGCCGAGAGCCUCUCCCCAGCUCUAGGCCCCCCCAGCACCAUUCCCUCUCCCCACAGCGUCCCCACCAGCCCCGCGGCUCCUUCCCCCCAGGUAAAUGCUCCCCAGGACCCAGGGGAGGGCAACGUGGGCCCAUUAUGUGCCAGGCUUGGUGCCUCUCCUUCCCCUAUCCCCUUCCUUGGGGUCUCAGCCCCACUGUUUGGGGCCAGACACCCUGAUUUGCUCGAUGGAGAUAGCCCUGGGGUGCCGCAAACAUCCCCCCACGCCCCAGCAGGGUGUCAGCCCCAGGCUCCUGGACAUCCACAGGGACUCCCAAGGCUCAGCCCCAGCCCCUCCAGCUCCAUGGGGGAUUUCAGCAGGCAGAAAGGGCAGUGGUGACGUGAAGCAACAGUGGAUUUUUCACUCCCUCCUGACAAGCUAAGUGUCACAUCUGAGA